UUAGGCUACAACGCCAAUCAAACGAAGUCAACAGCAACAGAAAAAAAUAAGAAGACGGACGCCAUUUUGCGUGUGAUAUUUUGCUUGUGGUCUGCACAUCAUCGAUUGAAUAUUCACUCACUUUGCAUUUUCAAUAAUAAACGAUGGGUGAAGAUAAAGAUCGCCGACGCAGGUCUCGAUCUAGAGAAAGGCGGCGUUCUCGGUCUCGUUCACGAGAACGCAGAGAGAAGAGAAAAAGCAGAUCCAGGUCGCCUUCGAAACGCUCUCGCAGGCGCAAGCCUUCUCUAUACUGGGAUGUUCCUCCACCAGGUUUCGAACAUAUCACACCACUGCAGUAUAAAGCUAUGCAGGCAGCAGGACAAAUUCCGGCGAAUAUUGUGGCUGAUACCCCUCAAGCUGCAGUACCUGUAGUAGGAUCCACAAUAACACGCCAAGCUAGAAGGUUGUAUGUUGGAAACAUACCUUUUGGGGUAACGGAAGAAGAAACUAUGGAGUUCUUCAACCAACAGAUGCAUCUUUCUGGUCUGGCUCAGGCUGCAGGCAAUCCUGUCCUGGCUUGCCAAAUUAAUCUUGACAAAAACUUUGCAUUCCUAGAGUUCAGAUCCAUUGAUGAGACAACACAAGCUAUGGCUUUUGAUGGGAUUAACUUCAAAGGUCAGAGUUUGAAAAUUCGACGACCGCACGAUUAUCAGCCUAUGCCUGGUACCGAGAAUCCAUCUAUUAAUGUGCCAGCCGGGGUCAUAAGCACUGUAGUACCAGAUUCGCCACAUAAAAUAUUUAUUGGUGGUCUACCUAACUACCUAAAUGAGGACCAAGUUAAAGAAUUGCUGAUGUCUUUUGGCCAACUGCGGGCUUUCAAUUUGGUGAAGGACUCCUCGACUGGGCUCAGCAAAGGUUAUGCCUUUGCAGAAUAUGUCGACAUCUCAAUGACAGAUCAGGCUAUUGCUGGUCUGAAUGGUAUGCAGUUGGGAGACAAGAAACUGAUUGUACAGAGAGCCAGUAUUGGAGCAAAGAAUUCUACAUUGGAUUACUAUUUACCCUCAGCAAUGACGGGCGCUGCGCCAGUACAGCUACAGGUGGCGGGGCUGACGCUGGCGGGUGCGGGCCCGGCCACAGAGGUGCUGUGUCUACUCAACAUGGUGACACCGGACGAGCUGCGCGACGAAGAGGAGUAUGAAGACAUCCUCGAGGACAUCAAGGAGGAAUGCAACAAAUAUGGUUGUGUGAGGAGUAUAGAAAUUCCAAGGCCCAUUGAAGGUGUGGAAGUACCUGGCUGUGGAAAGGUCUUCGUAGAGUUCAACAGUAUUGCGGAUUGUCAGAAGGCCCAACAAACCCUCACUGGACGGAAAUUCAGCAACAGAGUCGUGGUUACGUCAUACUUUGACCCUGAUAAAUACCAUCGCAGAGAAUUCUAAGCUACAAAGCAGUCUUAUCCUAUUUGUAACUACAUUAAUACAAAGUGUGACAUUUUAUAGAUGAAUUUCUGCUAUCUAUUCAAUCUCGAUUAAAUUAACUUACUAAAAUAAAGAGGAUUAAUUAUUA